GGGCGGGAAGCCUUAUUAAAGGGAAGAAAGCGAAAGUACAGUUGCCAUUUUGCAAGCAGACCUUGACCGCUAUCUGGAACCGGAGUACCGCGCGGCACUCGCAGCACGAAUAAGCCUAUAUGAAACUUUGGCAGUAUGGAGCGUGCUGGACACCUAUCAUACCUGAUUCUACUGGCUUAUCUGAGCAUUAUUGACCAGUCAAAAGCAAAAUGCCAAAAUGGGCUGGAGGACGGAUUUUUGAAAGAGCACUUAAAACAACAUAUUCCCCUUGUAAUCGUUGGAAAUUUAACGACAAGUAUGUGCUGUACUAUGAAAAACUACAGCGAUAGUGAGACAUGGAAGAGACACAGUCAAAACAAAACGGAGUGGUAUAAGUUAAUGAAGCCUGUUCUAGGUUGCUAUAAUGAAACGAAGGAGAACCCGAUGUGUCCGGAUUCUCAAACCAUUGAGUGCUGGUCUAACCAAACAGAAGAGGUCCCUCUUUUUUACUUCCUUUGUUUCAUGGCUGAAGUAGUGGAUCAUAAGUUAACAACCUGCGGACAAUUCGAAAAUAUACAUCGGGUAUAUAUGACAAUGAAGAAUUGGAGUUCAGCAAACCUGAAUAAAACAGAGCUGCAAGACUCCAAAGCAACCCCGCUGUCAACAGCAACCACGCAAUCCACAGCAGCCCCGCAAUCCAAAGCAACCACGCAAUCCAACGCAACCCCGCUGUCAACAGCAACCACGCAAUCCUACGCAACCACGCAAUCCAACGCAACCCCGCUGUCAACAGCAACCACGCAAUCCAAAGCAACCACGCAAUCCAAAGCAACCACGCAAUCCAAAGCAACCACGCAAUCCAACGCAACCACGCAAUCCAACGCAACCACGCAGUCCACUCCAGCACUCCAGCCAUCCACAAAAACAACUGACGGAACUACAGCCAACGGCAAUCCAGAUCACAUUAAACAAUCUGGCCCAACAAACGCAGAAGAAUAUACCUGCAUCAAAGAAGAAACUGACGCUUUGGCCUUUCGUAAUCUUCUGGUGUUUUCGAUGGUCUUGAACGUCCUCCUGCCGACGCUGGUUUGGCUCUACAUGCGGCGGAAGGAGAAGCUGUACAUGGAGCAGAAGGUUCAUCUUGAUGACGUGCUGUAACACAUCCUGGAGAUAAUCACCUUGACAGCUCGGUACAGAUUCAACAAGAAUUUAAUCUUUGUCUGUAACUAACCAGCAGAACAGGAAGCUUCACAUGUUCAGGGACACUCUGCUUUCCAACAUGAUACAACAACAUGGUUCUGAGGAUAUCUCCAAAAGAAAAAAGAAAAUAUUUUUUCUUCAGAUAUGAAGAGGAAGAAAUGGGACUAAAAAGUUACACUGACUAAACAGCUGACUGAUUGAAGCGCUGAAGUGGAACAAGAAAAGCAUCCGACACCUGUCUCCAUCUUCUCUGCAUCACCCUGGGAGCAAAGAUUUCCUGGAAAAUAUUUCAAAGCGGGGAGCGAAUGAGACUAAUUUUUGAGACCCUGUUACAGCCUCCUACAGCUGUGGAGGCACACAGAAAGACAGACAGGUUUUUGCUCUGUUCCAGAUGGACUGUUUUUCUUUUUGUUUGUCUGAUGUCAUGGGAUCUCUGCCUAAAAAAAAAGACAAAAAACAUUUUAUGCUUGAUUUUUUAUAUUGCACUUGUAUUAUUUUGUUAUAUGUUUCAUGCCUCUAAACGAAUUUGCAUUUGCUGUGAAAGUCUUUUGUGAAAUAAUUUGUCUUUCAAAAGCUGUAAAAGCCAAACAGGACGAUGAGCAUCAUGAAUGUGGAUGCUACAAAUAGGAAAAAUUGAAAUGUUUCAUUUGAUUUUCUAUUGCCUUUUGUGGCGUAGAGUAGCAACUUUUCCUGUAGCACUGUUUCUUAGAGCAGGGAUAUUCAAGUCCAGGCCUCGAGGGCCGGUG